ACUACGAGAGGCACUGAUUACUGCUGUGUCUUAAGAAUAGUUGAUCAAUCACAUCAUGAAACCGGUAUGGCUGUUAAUCUUUUUGCUCUGACUGCUGAUAAGCUUCCCCAUGUUGCUGAAGCCGGAGAUGUGAUUCACCUUUGUAAUGUUUCGGUAAGAACGUUUGAUGGGGAAUAUAAUCUCGUUUACAGUAAAGCAUUUUCCUCUUUUGCCUUAUAUCAAGGGAAAGAUAGUGAUGAUCUUGUUCCUUAUCAAGUUUCUUCUAAGUAUCAGCGUACAAAUGCGGACGGAAUAUGCAUACACGAACUUAGAAAAUGGCGGGUCAACUUUCAGCCAAAUGAUGGCAGACACGAAUUUCGUUUGUUUAAAGAAAUCAAGGAAGGGGAUCACGUGAAUUUGGCAUGCAAGAUACUUCAUUUCGGUGAGGUUGCCAAAGAUGAAUGGUUUAUCUAUGUCUGGGAUGGUACUAAUGCCCCACCAAACACCAUACGUUCAAAGUGGCUUAGUUUUCAAUUGUAUAUAUCCAUUGCGCUAGAGGUGAUUUUUCGACUAGUUUAUAUGAUUGUAAAAAAUGUUUUAUGUUACUAUGUUGGUGUGUUAAAGAAAUUUUGUUGUCUCUAUUUAACUGUUGGGUCCAUAUUGAGGAUAACCUUUGAUGGAAGCAUUGACAAGAGUCAUUUUCACCUUCUAGACAAUGUUAAACUUAAAUGGAUUAAGUUGGUCAAUAUGCGCCUUGAAGUGCAUGCAGGACUAUGGCGUGGUCUUUUUACCCCUUUUACAAAGUUUCGAUACACUCCAGCUGAAGAUAAUCUCAUUUUAACACGCAAAAGGUUCUCUGACGAGCGGAUAUCUCGGAGAUUUGAAAUAAAUUAUUUGGGGUGUGUCCCUGUACCUUCAACUGUGACAGUUGUAACGGUUGAUUGUCAUUGUGCGCCGCAUGUUACUCUGAUGGAAGCCCUCACGAAUAAUCAGGUGACUGCCAAGUUCAAGUGUGUAGUUCGAGUGGUUGCAGCGUUGCCUUGCCAACCUGAAAUGCUCCGCUCUCCUGCCGGGAUAUACAGAAUGCAGUUGACCCUAGAGGAUGCAACAGCUAGAAUUCAUGCCUAUGUUUUUGCCAAGGAUGGGGUUUGCACAAAUUUUUUUUGCUUUAUCACUUUUAAUAUCUUAUUUUGUUUUCCAUAUUUAUGUGUCUGGUCCUUUUCCUUUUCCCUUUUUUGUUAUCUUGAUACAUGGCAGGAGACUCUUUUUGGUGGCUAUCCGGACACGGAUAGUUUGAGCAAGAAGCUAAACAAAUUGCUUGGAGUAACUGAAGGUGGUGCUACCAGUGAUAAGAGACAUCCGCCAUGGGUUUCUGUUUGUCUCGAAUCAUAUUACCUCAAUAAAGAUGACACCUGGGGAACUAGACAUUUCAGAGUAUCCAGCACCAAAGUAGCUGAAGAAGCAUGA